AUGUGUGACACGACCAAAUUCAACCGGAAGCCAUUGCAGCAUGUUGAGGUCCUGACCAAGAAACUCGUCAAACCAUCGUCCCCAACACCAAAUCACCUGCAAAACUACAAAUUAUCCUCAUUUGAUCAGCUAACUCCUCGGUCACUUGUGCACCUUGUUUACUUUUACGAAAAUAAUGAUAGUUGUAAGGGCAAUCACGACGAGGCUGGAGUUGUCCAGAGGCAUGAAAUACUUCAAAUUUCGCUGGCAGAGACGUUAAGUCACUUUCGCCCGCUUGCUGGAAGGAUUUCGAAUGAUGGGAGGCGCUCAGUUGAUUGCCAAGAUCAAGGAGCUUUAUACAUAGAAGCAAAGGUGAAUUGCCAGCUUAAUCAGUUUCUGAAUCAAGCGUAUGAAGAUGUUGAACUUCUUGCAGAUUUCAUUCCUGAUGGCGGUCUGAAUGGCGAUGGUGCAUUAUUGAAGGUACAAGUCACUUUCUUCCUGUGUGGAGGGUUUGCUCUAACUUGCAGCAUAUCACACACGGUAGCUGAUGGAUUCACUGGUUGUACAUUCUUCGAUGAGUGGGCAAAAAUGUGUGGACAUGGCAAGGAUAAUAACAACAUUUGCGAUAUUAAGUGCCUAAGUUUCAAUUUAGCUGCAACUUUUCCAUCUAGAGACUUGCCUGCAGUGCCUCGUCCUGUGCUAAGACCUUCAGCUAAGGUUGUAAGUAAGCUGCUUUUGUUCGAUGAAUUUGCAAUAAAAAGCUUGAAAAACAAAGUCAUCGAGGCAACGAAAAGCAGUACUACAAUUGCAGCUCUGCAUGAUGAUAUAGAUGCAUCGGUGGAAUUUCGCCCUUCAAGGCUUGAGGUUGUCACUGCAUUCAUCUGGAGGGGUCUUAUCCGUGCUGCUCAGAAAAGACAUGGGUAUUUAAGAGCUUCCAUGACAGCAAUCUCUGUAAAUUUGAGAGGGAAAACAGCUCUAGGAAUUGAAGACAACUCUUUCGGCAACCUGUUUGUGGCUGUUCCUAUAAAGUUCAUCCCCGAUGAAACCAAAAUGGAGUUGCAUCACUUUGUGCAGUUAAUCAGGACAACAUUGCAGGAAGCACGUACUGUCUACACGAAAGCAUCCUCAGCAGAUGAGAUUUUCUUAAUGGUUCAGAAGUUUCAGGACCAAGUACAAAAGGAGCUAGGAGAUAAAGAAGUGGAUACUCGGCUUUCCACAAGUUUGCGCAGGUUCCCCCUAUAUGGAGCUGAUUUUGGUUGGGGAAAGCCGUCAUGGAUUAUUCUUGGUAAUGUCGGAGGACGUCCUGAGAUGUUUUGUUUGUUGGACACCAAAUGUGGCACUGGAGUUGAGGUUCGCGUAAACCUGAAUGAGGUUGAAAUGCCAAUCUUUGAAUCUGAUCCAGAAAUUGUGUCAGUCACAUCCGUAGCUGCAAGAUAG